GUUUUUUUUGUGACUUUUAAGCUUAUAUGAUCACUGUGAAAAUGAAGCUGCUCUUGGCUGCAGUUCUAAUCUCCACAGAUUUCUCAUUCUGUGUAAAGAUUCACCAGCCUCCGUUUGCAUUCAGUCAUGUGGGAGAAACUGUAACUUUGCAGUGUGAACAAGACAACCCUGAUUAUUACUACAUGUUCUGGUACAGACAAAGCAGCAGUAAGAAAAUGGAGAUGGUAACAUAUUCUGUCAAUAAAGGAAUAUCUAGCACUGAAGUUCCUUUCAACCAAUCCAAGUACACCAUGUCCCGGCCUACAGUGCUCAAGUCCUCUCUGCAGAUGCAGCCUGUGGAGGCCGGAAACUCAGCUGUGUAUUACUGUGCCUCUAGCAUAGCACGAUGUUCCCAGUCAGAGGCUUAUUUUGGAGCUGGAACUAAACUCACCGUUGUAGAUCCAAAGCGUGAAAUCACCCCACCGACAGUAAAAGUGUUUCAACCUUCAUCAAAGGAGUGUCGGAACCUGAAAGAUGAGAAGGAGAGGAAGAAGACCUUACUCUGUGUGGCCAGGGAUUUCUACCCAGACCAUGUCAGUAUUUUCUGGCAGGUUAAUGCGAAGAAUGUCACCAAAGGUGUGGCCACUGACCCCGCUGCCCGGUUGGAUGAUAAAACCUACUUCAUCACCAGCAGGUUGAGGGUCCAUGCCGAGGUCUGGACCUCACCUGGGACAAACUUCUCGUGCUUUGUCACCUUCUUCGAUGGGAACAAAACUAUCAUUAAAGACGAAACAGUUUUUGCUGUUGAAGUUGACGGAAGUGUCAAGACAAGAGUGAAAUAUUUGAGGAGCACACAGAGUUUCAAACUCUCCUACACUGUUUUCAUCAUCAAGAGCAGCAUCUAUGGAGCCUUUGUGGCGUUUCUGGUGUGGAAACUUCAGGGUUCAACUGGGAAGCAGAAGUACUGAGAGCUGAGCUGAGGUGAACCAACUCUGGCAGAUGGAUUAUCUUGUUUUCUGUAAAUACAACUGAAAAUAUAGUAGUUAUAUUUCUACUGCUGUAUGUUAUAGUGCAUUUGCACUUGUAUAUCAAUGAGCCAUUCGAUUAACAGUUCUGUGCUUAUUCUUUUUACAAUGUUAAAGCUAUAACCGGCAUGCAAAUAGUUUAGCAUCAAGUUUUUAUCAAUACUUAAUGCAUCAUUCUAUGUUUGUGGUGGUUCAACGUUUGUGUGCUUUGUUUUCUUCUCAAUAAAAGUGUUUCAGGAAAAUCUUGACAAA